CAUUUCGUAAAAUAAAAUGUCCGAUCCUGGAAUUAGGACCGUACAAUCCGGUGGCUCUUUGUUCAGAUAGUAGUGCCCACUGCCCAAUAUCCGUCUUUGCGCACAGUCUCUCAGGCCUUCCCGAAGUCCCGAACCCCUCUCUAUUUGUCUGGGCGAGAGGAAUGGCGAUGGUACUCCUCAACUUCACUUCCACAAUUUCCCGCCUAAACCCACUUCAAAGGUCUUCACUUUACCUCAAAAUCCGACCUUUCAAGAAGCUGGCAGCGCCAAAGAGGCCUUAUGGACCCGCUUGCUCUGUUCUUUGCUUUUCACUCAAACCUCUUUCAGCACACUUUUAUUGUGUUCGUGCUUCUUCAGAUUUCAACAUUGCAAUAGCUAAGAGGAAAAAUCAAUUAAUCCCCGACGAAGGUUUGGUUUUUCUGGGAAUUGAAACUAGCUGUGAUGAUACUGCUGCUGCUGUUGUUAAUAGCAAUGGCGAAAUAUUAAGCCAAGUAAUCUCUUCUCAGGCAGAGCUGCUUGCUAAAUAUGGAGGAGUUGCUCCUAAAAUGGCAGAACAAGCACAUUCACAGGUUAUUGAUCAGGUAGUACAGGAAGCACUCUGUAAAGCUAAAUUGACCGAGAAGGAUCUUACUGCUGUUGCUGUAACAAUAGGUCCUGGCUUAAGCCUGUGCUUGCGCGUUGGUGUACGAAAGGCUAGGCAAAUUGCUGGUGCUCACAAUUUACCUAUGGUUGGUGUUCAUCACAUGGAAGCUCAUACUUUGGUAGCCAGGUUAGCGGAAAGGGAGACAGAGUUCCCUUUUUUGGCUUUGCUUGUCUCAGGAGGUCACAACCUUUUGAUUCUUGCACGUGGUCUCGGCGACUACAUUCAACUUGGGACCACGAUCGAUGAUGCAAUAGGUGAGGCAUACGACAAAAUAGCCAAAUGGCUUGGUCUUGACUUGAGGAAAAGUGGGGGCCCUGCUAUAGAGAAACUAGCUCUUGAGGGUAAUGCCGAUUCUGUAAAAUUUAAUGUUCCGAUGAAACAUUACAAAAACUGUAACUUCUCAUAUGCUGGUCUGAAGACACAAGUGAGGCUGGCGAUUGAAGCCAGAAACAUUGAUGCUGGAAUACCCAUCUCAACAGCUUCUAGUGGGGAUAGGCAAGCUCGGGCUGAUAUUGCCGCAUCUUUUCAGCGAGUGGCAGUGCUACAUUUAGAGGAUAAGUGCAAGCGUGCUAUUGAGUGGGCCUUGAAGAUUGAACCUUCCGUAAAUUCUUUGGUUGUUUCUGGGGGUGUGGCAUCAAACCAGUAUGUUAGGGAUAGGCUUAAUCAGGUUGUUGAGCAGAAAGAACUUAAACUUGUGUGUCCUCCUCCCUCGCUAUGCACUGACAACGGAGUGAUGGUUGCUUGGACUGGGAUUGAGCAUUUCCGGGUGGGAAGAUUUGAUCCCCCGCCUCCUGCUGAUGAACCUGAAGAUACUUUGCUUGAUUUGCGGCCAAGGUGGCCAUUAGGAGAAGAGUAUGCAGAGGGAAAAAGUGAAGCACGCUCUCAGAAGACCGCCAGGCUUCACCCUUCCCUUACUUCUCUCAUCCAGCAGGCAUCAUCUUCUAUCAUAUGAAGCAAGCAAUAACUAGUUAACUACCUCAAGAUGCAUCCUGAUUUACUUAUUACUACUCUCCACCAAGAACAUGUGCCAUAUCCUGACUGGGGAUUUAAGAGAUUGCUUGAAAGCAUUUAAUGCUCCUCAAACUGGAGAACCAGCAAGUUUGAACACCCCCUCACUAAUUGAGAAUCUUUCUAGGUAGCCACCAUAGUUUAUCUCUCUUAUAUAGUUGAGUAUAUAUAAGGUCUUUAAAUAUUAUACUUUAUAUUCUUCAUUUGUAAAAAAUAAAAAUUGAGUUAUGUUUGCAUUACAGUACUACUCUAGUACAUAUAGUAGAAAGUAGAAACAUCAAAAAUGUUUUUUUGGGGGAUUUGAAUAAGCGUAAAAGUUGUGCCUUUUUGUGUGUUUUUCC